AUGGUUUUCCAUCCACAGAAACCAGUAGUUUACAGAAAAACCAAACCGGAGAGGUUGCUUGUGAUGUGGUCCAGCGCAGCGGAGCCCCAUGCUGAGCAGACCUGGGUUCCAAACCACUUCGUUCCUCUUCUUCAUGGACCGGAACCGGUGACGUUUGCAAGUAUAGCCAGAAGACAACUAGCAAAGCAGACGCCAGCCCCACCACCGCCGAGACCAGCCAAGCAGACGCAAAGACCAGCUUCGCCACCAAGUCCGCCACCAGCACUGAGCCAACCGUUGCCGCUAAACGUUUUGGUUGAUGGUGACACAGCAUGUCGUGAUGCCGCCAUUGGAGAUCUGAGAGUCCCUCUACAACCAUGUAAGAACAAACGACGCCGAAAGGAUAUCUCGCCAACGCCGCCAGCAGCCAAGCAGACGCCAGCCUCACCACCGCCAAGACCAGCCAAGCAGAUGCGAAGACCAGCCAAGCAGACGCACAGACCAGCCAAGCAGACGCACAGACCAGCCUCGCCACCGAGCCCGCCACCAGCACCAGCAUCACCACGAAGCCCGACACCACCACGGAUCCCCACUGCAGCCUCACCGCCGAGACCAGCCAAGCAGACGCGAAGACCAGCCAAGCAGACGCACAGACCAGCCUUGCCACCAAGCCCGCCACCAGCACCAGCAUCACCACGAAGCCCGACACCACCACGGAUCCCCACUGCAGCCUCACCGCCGAGACCAGCCAAGCGGACGCGAAGACCAGCCGAACAGACGCACCGACCAGCCUCGCCACCAAGCCCGCCACCAGCACCAGCAUCACCACGAAGCCCGACACCACCACGGACGCGAAGACCAGCCGAACAGACGCACCGACCAGCCUCGCCACCAAGCCCGCCACCAGCACCAGCAUCACAACGGAGCCCGACACCACCACGGAUCCCCACUGAGCCUCACCGCCGAGACCAGCCAAGCGGACGCGAAGACCAGCCGAACAGACGCACAGACCAGCCUCGCCACCAAGCCCGACACCACCACGGAUCUCCACUGCAGCCAGACAAGAUGUCUCACCUCCGCAGUCGCCACCAGCAGCCCGGGAACCAGACAUUCCAAGUGAUGAAACAUUAG